UGUGCGCGGAUCGCCACCGACGCAAGACCGACGUAUGGUGGCCCUGGGUCCCGCCCGCCGCCGCAGUCUGGGCGCGGCGGGUGACUGCAGCGCGCCACUGGCUGCUGAUUGGGUGCCGCCGCGAUCGUCUUGCCAGCGAGCGCGUUGACGGCGUUCUGAAGUGAUUUUCGAGUUCUGCGUCGACAGGCAACAGGAUGCGAUAAGGGCCAGUAGCGAGCGGGCUUGCGCCAAGUCUGACAACGGGAAAUUGGCCAAGUGGACCGUCGGCAUGCGCUCUACGGCCGAGCAGUGCACCUUUUUUGGGGAUUACAUACUGGGCCCGAAUCCGAUCGUGGGCGCGGCCUAUAAAACGGAAGACCCGAACGCGCUGAUCUCUCGACAAACCCCUUCCCCUCCCUCCUCCAUCUACAUCCAACAAACAUGUUCCUCGGCGGCGACAACGUGCGCACUCAGCUCGAGUGGAAUGCGCUCUUGAGCACGGAGAACGCGCCGUCCCCGUCCGCGGAGACCAAGUUUUGGCGCAAGACGUCGAUAAUCGCGACCAUUGGUCCGAAGACGAACAGCGUGCAGAAGCUCGGUGAGCUGCGCGCUGCUGGUGUCAACGUCGUCCGCAUGAACUUCUCCCAUGGGGCGUACGAGUAUCACCAGAGCGUCAUCGACAACACGCGCAAGAUGGUGGCAGAAAACCCCGAGGGUCGCCCCGUCGCCAUUGCCCUUGACACGAAGGGGCCCGAAAUUCGUACUGGUGUCAUGAAGAACGGCGAGGACAUUCCUAUCAAGGCUGGCCAUGAGUUCAUCGUCAGCACCGACGACAAGUACUACGACCAGUGCGACGACAAGGUUCUUUACAUGGACUACAAAAACCUGCCCAAGGUCACCGCUCCGGGCAAGCUUAUCUACGUCGACGACGGUAUCCUCUCCCUUCUCGUCCUUGGCAUCGAAGGCUCCGACGUUCGCGUCCGCGCCAUCAACAACGGUGUGCUUUCCUCCCACAAGGGUGUCAACCUCCCGAAGACCGCUGUCGACCUCCCCGCUCUGUCCGAGAAGGAUAAGAAGGACCUCCAGUUCGGUGUCAAGAACGGCGUCGACAUGAUCUUCGCCUCCUUCAUCCGCCGCGCCGAGGAUGUCCGCGACAUUCGUGAGGUCCUCGGGCCUGACGGUGCCAACAUCAAGAUCAUCUCGAAGAUCGAGAACGAGCAGGGUGUCGCCAACUUCGACGCCAUCCUGAAGGAGACAGAUGGUGUCAUGGUCGCCCGUGGUGAUUUGGGUAUUGAGAUCCCUGCCAGCCAGGUGUUCCUCGCUCAGAAGAUGAUGAUUGCCAAGUGCAACAUCGCUGGCAAGCCCGUUAUCGUCGCGACUCAGAUGCUGGAGUCCAUGACGAACAACCCGCGCCCGACCCGUGCCGAGGUCAGCGAUGUCGCGAACGCGGUCCUUGACGGCGCCGACUGUGUCAUGUUGUCCGGUGAGACGGCGAAGGGCUCAUACCCCAUUGAGGCUGUCCUCAUGAUGGCGGAGACCUGUCUCCUCGCUGAGCACGCUAUCUGCUACCCGCCGGUCUUCGACGACCUCCGCUCAUUGCAGCCUCGCCCGGUUCCCACUGCCGAGACUGUUGCCAUUGCCACCGUCGCUGCUGCCUCGGAGAACGACGCUGGCGCCAUCAUCGUCCUCACCACGAGCGGCGAGACUGCCCGCCUCAUCUCCAAGUACCGCCCGCGCGUGCCCAUCAUUACCGUCACCCGCAGCGAGCAGACCGCACGCCAGCUUCACCUGCACCGCGGCUGCUACCCUGUCUUCUACCCCGAGCCUCGUGGCAUCCAGAGCCACCAGUGGCAGACGGAUGUCGACAACCGUAUCCGCCACGGCCUCCGCACCGCGCUCGACAUCAACAUCAUCAAGCCGGGUGUCAAGGUCAUCGCUGUGCAGGGCUGGAAGGGCGGCCUUGGCCACACCAAUACCAUGCGUAUCCUGACCGUGCCCACCGACGCGGCGGACCUCACCCUCCAGGACCUCGACGGUUAAACGAACUUUCACGCUUUCAUGACAUAGACUGGGACGAUCUUGGUGCUGUUGUAUAUUAACUUAGAAGUCUGGCGAAUCCCAAUGUACUGAAUAAUACUCGUCAUCUGUGAUGUUGGAUUUACUACUUGUGUGGGUGCUGGAAUUGUUGCCUGAUUGGGAAA